AUGGAUUCGUACACGGGCACUCGAGAGGACUCCCGGCCACCGGCUGACUCCUACCGGCGACGCUCCCCUCCUGCCGGAGAUCGCAGGCCCAGGCGCCGUUCGCGAUCGCCUCAAAACAUCGACCGUUACCAGCCCGACCGCGCUCGAGAGUACGACCACCCGCGUCGUGAUGGAGGCCGCCGCCGCUCCUCUCCUCCGCCUGUCCAGGCCGGCAUUGACCGCUAUGUCCCUGGCCAAGACAGCUUCGCUCCCACAUUCACGACGAAUCCGAUCCCAAAUCCCAUGACGCUUGAGUACCAGGUCGGCUUCAACUACUUUGCUGAGUGGUGGCGCGUCGAACAGGUCAUGAAGGAGGAAAAGGAGCGCGCCAAGAACGGAGGACGGAAGCCUGUCCUGAAGGGCGAACGCGAAGCUCGAGAAGAGCGAGGCAAGGAGCGCGAACUCAUUCAGGCUGCGUAUGACGAAUACAAAGAGAAGCUUCAAGUGCAAAUGGCGAAAACAUUUGUUGAUAAACACAAGGGCGAAGAAUGGUUCAAGGAGCGCUACGAUCCCGAGUACGACCAAGCCUUCAAAGAGAAGCUGCGCGGUUACCGACAUGGCAUAUAUGCCGACUGGGAGCGACAACUCGACGAGGGCUACUUUGACGAGUUCACACUCGAAGGCAUCUACAAGAACGACUCCAACGGCGCGGGGGGGAUCGUCGAGAAAGAGGAGGGUGAAACGACUGCUGCCAACGAAGUCUUGGGCGUAGGUGAUCUGCUACCAUGCAAAGGCGGCGAGAUUCGUGACGAGUCUGCAUUUCAGCCUACAUUGCUGAUUAAGACCAUCGCUCCUACCGUUAACCGAGAGAAAGUGGAAGAAUUCGCCAAGGAGCACCUUGGAGAGGGCCCCGGCGGUUUCAAAUGGCUCAGCUUGAGUGACCCGAAUCCGUUGAAGAAGUGCCACCGCAUAGGGUGGGUAAUACUGCACCCCAGCGAUGAGCAGGCCAUGAUCAUCGACGACCGUGGUGAUGCGCGCGACGAUGAAGGAGGGGACGGAGCCAUUGAGGAGAAGCCCAUCAUCGCCCCACAGAGCACCGCCCAGAAGGCACUCGAGGCGAUCAACGGCAAGACAGUUCAGGACGAAGAGCGCGGAAACUUCACUUGUCACGUUGGAGUACAUGAGACCCCUGCAGCACCCCGGAAGAAAGCGCUGUGGGACCUCUUUUCUGCGCCUGAGAGGAUCGAGCGCGACCUGGAGUUGGCCGAGAGGCUAGUCAGAAAGCUCGACGGUGAACUGAGGGCGAGCCAUGAAGAAGAGUUCGGCGAGGUCGAUGGUGUUGCGAAGAUCGAGCAACGCGUCGAAGAUCUGCGUUCGAAGGGCUGGCUCCAGCCUCCAGCCAAUGCCCCAGCCCCGCCUAAGAAGGAAAGGGAUCUUGAAGACCUGGAGGAGGGCGAGGAUGAGAUCAUGGAGGACGACGAAGGCGCUUACGACGAGGAGGUUGACGAUGAAGAGUUGCUGGUCAAGAAGAAAAAGCUCGAUCUCUUGAUUGAGUAUCUGCGACGUGUGUACAGCUUCUGCUUCUUCUGUGUCUUCGAGAGCGACUCGGUCCACGAGUUGAUCCGCAAGUGCGCGGGAGGACAUCUUCGACGCCCUCGUGCCAGCCUGACGACAGCGGCGAAGGCUACUGCAAGAGCUACCGCUACCGGCGAGUCGUUCCCGUACAAGAAGCAGGAGUCUGGUGACGCUGAGAACGACGAGGGGAGCCCGGUAGCGGAACGCAAGCCGAUGAAACUGAGUGGGAAAAACCAGCAGCAGCUCCAGCGGGCGUUCAACUGGGUCAAGACGUAUGAAGAGAAAUUGCUACAGCUGCUCGAGCCUGAGAACGUCGAUGUCCGCAAGCUUGGCGGUAAGCCGUUAGAUGAAGCCAUGGAGGACGAGCUCGCGAGGUUCUGCAAGCAGGAAGAUGAGUCUAAGUGGCGCUGCAAGGUACCAGAAUGCACAAAGCUGUUCAAGGGCCAAAACUUCUGGCGUAAGCACGUCGAGAAGCGCCAUCCAGAAUGGCUCGAGAAGUUGCAGAAAGACCUGGAGCUCGUCAACAGCUAUGUCGUUGACCCUGCACACAUUGCACCUUCGCGCAGUGACGCGAACAGCAAUGGUCACUUCCCAAUGGGCAACCAUGUGCAGGCAACAGGCACACCACGUGGAUUCAACCUUGCCAAUAUGAACAUGGCCAUGUCCGGCAACGGAAUGCAGAACGCAAUGAACGUCGGAAACAUGUUCAACCCAGCCAUGGGCGGCAACUGGGAUCCGUCUCUUGGUACACACGACGCCGGAGCCAUGCGACGCGGCGGCCAGCGUUUCAACACUCGUACUGGGCCGUAUGACAGGCAGAACCGCGAUCGACGCAACGCACCCAACGGUGGCAACGGUCGCCUCACGCCUCCACGCGGCGGACGGCCCGGCCCCCAACGCUACGGUGACGGCGGGCCCGGGCCUCUGCAGUCGACACAGGGUCGUCAGAUCAAGAGCUAUGAAGACCUCGAUGCUGUCGGCGGGGGUGGCAGUGGCGAGCUGAACUACUGA